UGGAGAAAAAAACUCAAAUUAUACAACACCCCUAAUUCUCCGCCUCUACUCCCCAUCUCUCCUGAUUUAGCAUAUAUCCCCUUACUCUUCCACAUGCACUGCGGUUCUGGUCCCCGGCAGACCGGCUCUGGCCAUGUCGGCAGGGAAAGCGACGGCCUUCAGCGAUGAAGGAGCGGCAGGAGAGCACAAAGUGUUCUUUUUUGUCCCCAUUUUCUCCCGCUUGACACCCUCCAAUAUGUUCAUGAACUUGCAUUGGGGCAGGAGUCUUGGGUCAGUCCAGGAGGGCGAGGACUAGCGCGCACCUCCCUCAGAUACACACAAGAGGGCCGUUCUUCCUCGGAGGCUCGCGUGCGAAUCCCCGUUUCCCUGCCCAGCAUCAUGACGUGGGCCUCCACCCGCAGUGUGUGGUCAGGGCCUGUCGCCUCUUCCUCCUCGUCGUCCUCCUUCUCCUGCUCUGACUUGCCGCGGAAGCGGAAGGGCAAGGGCAAGAGCCCGGGAGGCACCAUGCCCGGACCCUCUUUGCACCAGGUGCCUCUGUCUUCAAGGAUGAGUAUAGAUGCUGAGAUACUCAGUGAGCAGGAAAGCAGGUCCGAGGGAGAGGAUCAGCAAAUCAAAAUGAAAUGCUUCAGUAGAGAACCUCACAGCCAGAUUGAGAAGCGACGGCGAGACAAGAUGAACAACCUCAUCGACGAGUUGUCCACCAUGGUACCAGCCUGCAACCCCCUAGCCCGUAAGCUGGACAAGCUGACUGUCCUCCGCAUGGCUGUGCAACACUUUAAGUCUCUUAAAGGGACCUCAAACUCUUUUUCUGAAGCCCAUCCUAAGCCUUCCUUUCUGCCUGAAGAUGAACUCAAACACUUAUUACUAAGAGCAGCAGAUGGCUUCCUCUUCGUGGUGAGCUGCACCAGGGGAAAGAUCGUCUUUGUCUCAGAGUCCAUCUCCGAUAUACUUCACUAUAAUCGGAUGGAGCUGAUUGGACAGAGUCUAUUUGAUUAUGUUCAUCCUAAAGAUGUCAGCAAGGUGAAGGAGCAGCUGUCCGCCUCAGAGCUGUAUCCCCGUGAGCGCCUCAUUGAUACUAAAACGGGGGUGCAGGUGCCCUCAGAGGUGCCAUCGAAAGCCCACAUCGGCACAGGCACCCGACGCUCAUUCUUCUGCCGUAUGAAGCAGAGCCGUGCGGCCAAGUCAGGGAAGAACACGCCUCAGUCCUCGUCCUCGUCCUCCAGGAAGAAAGAAUUUCAGCGGUACUGCACAGUGCAUUGCACGGGCUACAUGCGCAGCUGGUCCACUCAGCAGCUGGACACGGAGAGCGAGGUGGACCUGGACAGGGAGAGCUCGCACCUCACCUGCCUGGUGGCCGUGGGACGCAUCCACCCCCACACCAUCCCAGAGGAGCCCAGCCAAGUCUCCGUCAAGCCUACUGAGUUUGUCACCCGCUAUGCCAUAGACGGAAAGUUUACCUUUGUAGACCAAAGGGCCACUACUAUCAUAGGAUAUUUGCCUCAGGAACUUCUGGGAACGUCUUGUUAUGAGUAUUUCCACCAAGAGGACUUAGCACAUUUGGCCGAAAGCCACAGAAAAGUCCUCCACAGCAAAGAGAAGAUAAUGACAAACUGCUACAAAUUCAAGACAAAACAGAGCUCCUUUGUUACUCUCCAAAGCCAGUGGUUUAGUUUUAUAAAUCCAUGGACCAAAGAGGUGGAGUUCAUUGUGUCAACAAGUAAAGUGGUGUCGGAAAACAGUGAAAAGGGAGAGAAGGCAGAAGAGCCCCGAGACACCAGGACACUUGAAGCCUCAGCAGAGGCCAAGCACUUAUCGCCCGUUAUUCCUGGAAUCAGCAGUGUCUCGGGCACUAUGAUCUAUGCUGGAAGCAUUGGGACUCACAUUGCUAAUGAGCUGCUGGACUUCAACAGGAUGAACUCUCCCUCCAGUGGGUCUCAGAGCCCUUUCUGUUUACUCCCUGAGAAGUCUCCACUAGCGGCCUCGCAGCCUGGCAGCGUGCCAAACAGAGAGGAUGAGGGCGAGCAGCCUGGGAAGUCUCAGGCGGGGCCAAGCCAGGGACCCAGUGGAGUUUCCUUCCUAGGCGGCGAGGCUUCCACCAUCACAGGCGAGAGCUCCCAGCUGGACCUGGAGAGUGUUGUCGGGCCCAGUGGCCUUGGCCUCAGCAGCGAUGAGGCAGCCAUGGCCGUCAUCAUGAGCAUUCUGGAAACUGACACGAACCUGAGUGAAACCGUGGACUUCGAUGAGUUGCACUGGAAUAUGUGACAGGAAAAAAAAACACCUUGCAUCGUCUGCAAUUCUCUCUCCCUCUCUUUCUUCCUCUAUCGUUUUUCUGUUGUGUACCAUGGAGUUGCAGUCGGUGAAAACCGAGGACUCCACGAAAGCAAAAAAAAGAGAGAAACAUCCCUGACUACAGUCUUUCCCCUCCUCCAACAUCCCACAAUGCCUUGAAGCACUUGCAGUAAGCGUGUAGGGCUGCAUAACUUCUGACGUUUGCAACCCAAAAGAGAUGGGUUUGCUCUUUUAUCACUGAGAAGGGCACCCUGUGUGUGUCAGGUAUUUAUAGAUGUCAGUGAAUGUUGUUUAAUCCUGCACAUAUGCAGCUGCUUAAUUAUUCAGUUUCCCUUUAAAUGUAAAGUGUUUUUUUUUGUUAAACAAAUGGGAUAGGAGAGGGAGGGGGGCAGUUAUGGAAAAUCUGAUGACUUGAAUAGUGUGACGUCUGUGUUUGUGUAUGUAUGGUCUGCAACCUCCUUACAAAAUCCAGCAAAGAUUGGAAGCUGUGCUGCACCGUGUCUUGGACAGACACCUAGGGGAUGCAGCAAAGAAUGCAAGAAGGCGUUUCAAACACGAGUAGGAAAGUAGCAGGACCCUCUUUGAUCAAGCGCUAGAGCCAUCGCUGACUGUGGAUCUGACUGUAGAGUACGAGAGCACUUUGAUUUUUGGGCCAUAUCAUAAGUCAAGUACUGUAGACCGACAAAUGACAAAGGUUUCCAUGACAAUGCAUUAUUUUUACUGAGGAAAUUUAAUUUAUUACAUGUUCAUUCUCUUUGUGAUUUUUUUUUUUUUAUGCUUGUACCUUACGUCAACAGGCGAGCACUACUGAGAAAAAAAAAUCCCAGUCAAUCUGAGCAGCAGCUAAUCCUUAGCAACUGAUUUGAGAUCAGUUGCCAGGACAGCACGGACUGACACCAAAUCAGAGAGACUGAAGCUCACUUUGGAAACCCGCUCUGGGCACGGCCAAACACGGGCCUGUUUAUCUGUGUUAACUGUUUAUUUGUCACAGACUGUCGUUUCAGACUGCAAAUCUUUCUGUGACGUCCACCAUUGCUUUUUUCUCUCAAGGCAUUGUUCGCCGCCUUGUAUGAAUGCAUACUGUAGGAGCAGACACUAGACAACUCAAGACACUCAACACAAAAGGGUGUCAACUCUGGUGCAGAUGUGCCUUGGGACAUUUCCCCGACUACGAGAGCUUGAAAUGCUAUUACGCGUACUGAUCUGUGUCCAAGUGAUUGAAGAUGACCGGAUCUAGGAUGUCCGUACACUUGAAUGCACCGGCAAAAAAAAAAAAAAAUUCAAUUCACAAAAAAACAACAACAUUCAUUUAACUUUUUUGUGUUCUGAGUAAGGGUCUACAUACCAAAAAGAACUUGUCAAAGGAAAUAUUGUUAAAUGCUGUCAGUGCUGAACAAUCAACUGUUCAUAGUACCGUCUAAAUGUGAAAUUUGUCAAGUGAAUAAUUCAUCUGUGCUGCUUACGCAAAUUUAUUCUGACAUAAAAUUACAUCCUUGAAAUGUC